CUCUGAACCUUGUUUUAUUUCUCAUUAGUGAAAAAUUCCACUGGACUAUGGGUAAGACAGUCUCCCAGCUCACCUCUCGGAAGGAUGAGUACAAGCCUAUCCUACCUGAUAACCCAGCCAUGGCCAGCCAGGCUGCCAACUACUUCAGCACUGGUAGCAGCAAGCCAGCACACUCCUGUAUGCCUUAUGAAAAGGCUGCUAGUUCCAGCUUUGUGACUUGUCCUACCUGCCAAGGCAAUGGGGAGAUCCCACAAGAGCAAGAGAAGCAGCUGGUAGCCCUCAUCCCUUAUGGAGACCAAAGGCUGAAGCCCAGACGCACGAAGCUCUUUGUGUUCCUGUCGGUGGCCAUCUGCCUGCUGAUUUUCUUCCUUACCAUCUUUUUCCUGUAUCCCCGACCCAUUGCUGUGCGUCCUGUCGGCCUCAACUCCUCCACAGUAACCUUUGAAGACACUCAUGUAUGGCUCAACACAACGAAUGUCCUGAACAUCUUCAACAGCAACUUCUAUCCCAUCACAGUGACACAGCUGACAGCCGAGGUGCUCCACCAGGCCUCUGUGGUAGGCCAGGUCACCAGCAGCCUCCACCUGCACGUCGGCCCGUUGGCCAGUGAGCAGAUGCCUUACGAAGUUGCCAGCAGGAUUUCGGAUGAAAACACAUACAAAAUCUGUACAUGGCCGAAAAUCAGAGUCCACCAUAUUCUUUUGAAUAUCCAGGGUUCUCUGACCUGCUCCUUCCUAAGCCAUCCACAACAGCUGCCCUUCCAGAGCUUUGAAUAUGUAGACUGCAGAGAAAACAUGUCCCUGCCCCUGGAGCUGCCCCGCCCAGCCUGAUCUGUCUGCUGCCCCUGGACUCCAGGCACCUGCAAGCUGAUCUGCAGCUCAGCUCCAUGGAGCUCAAGGAAAGACUGUAGUGACUUUGUUGAAGGAAAAGUCCUGCUUUGGGCUCUGCCUCCCCCUAACACCCUCAGCACACGGAGCUUCUGUAACAAUUCAUAGUCCCUGAGUCCUCAGACUCCCCCCCCCCCCCCGGAGUCAUUUCUGAUGGAUCUUACCCAUGGUCUGUGUGUGGAGGAAGGUCUACCUUGGCAUUGUCUUGGGACUGAGCAUGUUGGUUACCCAGCUCCGCCAAGGGUGGAUCUUCAAUCGCAAUGAAGAAAACGCUGUAGUUUUAUCUAGACUUUGCAGCAUGGAUGAAUCUUUUUCAAGUUUUCCUCCCAGUAAUAAGUGGCUUUGGGGAUAUCCAGUGCUGUUUCCAAAGUCUUCUUGGGUGACUAUAAAUGUUCUCCUGUGCUGUCUGCUUUGAUCAUGUGAUAAUGAUGGUAAUAGACUACUUCUCUCAGUAAAUGGUAGACAAUAAGGUCCCCUCAUCCUUCCUGGUUCGGGAUACUAUCCCUGGCUUCCAGGAAGGGAGAUUUACACCAUCUAAACUCUUCUCGAUAGUCUAGCUCCAACGCUUUCUUCACAGCAGAAGCCGAGGAGCUGAGGAGAAGCCAUCGGGUGUACCCUAGAGCAAAGGCAGAGCCAGUUGCAAAGAUAUUUAUUAAAGAAAAGUUUCUAAGCCCACCAUCCAGAGCCCAUGUGAGUGGACACAGGUAAGACAGGCAGUAGAGCAGGCCCAGGGGCAGUGUUCAGAAAGCAUGAAGGACAUAAGCUAUUGAUACCAGGCCAAAGCUGUGGGGCUCUCAUGGAUUCUCUGCAUCAAGCCCACCCUCUGCUGUCCUCUGGGAUGUGACUGAAGAGUGACAGAUUCACCAGAAUUUCCUCCCUUGCCUGUCACUACACUGACGCCAAACCACAGGUAACCCCCAGUUUUCUACUGGACUUCAGGUGGAGAUACGAUGUCUGUGUUGCAGGAGAGCAGAAACAUGUGUUCUCUAAAGCUAGCUAGCGUCUGCCCUCCAGACAGGUGCAAAGGCGAAGGGCGGUGUGGUUGGGGAAAACUGAAUUUGCAGUAAGAAGAAUGCAAGGAAAGGGUGGUAACUGAGCUGGGUAACUAGCCUGGGGCUACACAGAUGGGGAGGAAGUCUGCACCAAGCUUUCCCUCCUGGGUAGCCAGGGCUAAGGUGUACAAAGAAAAGGAGACCCAGGGAAGUCAAGCUGAGAUUAGAGUGUAUAAAGCAUCGAAUGUAAAAGAUUUCUAACAAUAAAUUGUUCUUUAGCCGUG